AUGGCAUCCACCACUAUCCUCACCACACUCCUCAUCCUUACCUGGUUCCUCAUCGCCUUCCUCAUCCUUGUCCUCACCCUCGCCUUUUUCCAUUUCAAAGAGACCUACAAAGUCGAGGUCAUCCUCACCUGCCAACCCACAACCCCCAUUGCCGACCUCACCCCUGAGUGGCCCUCCAAUGGAGUACAAGUAACAUCUCCAACCCUACUCACUCCCAAUCCAUUUACUGAUCUUCUUAGUGAAUUCCUUGAUGAAGGCGGUUUCUGUUAUCCCUUUUCAUCUCCCCUGCCAAACGUCACUUGCCGGCCCUUUCUCAUCCCAGAACCGUUGGACUCUUCCAAUAGCGAUGCCAUAGUCUUGCAUCAAUUCCCUGGACCCCUGGAAGUUUCUCAGGCCUCAGAAGCAACCCCCGGGUCCUACCACAUUGCCCCUGCACAGGUAUUCCCAUCCUUGUCACCUAUGAAUACCUCAUCCUCUCCCAAUCCUGAUAGUCCCUGUACUGCCUCCACUGAUUCCCCCAGUAUGCCGCCCCUUGCCUCAGACGUCUCUGACAAUGGUAGCCUUGACCACACCCCCAAUCUAUGGUUACUAGCAGACAUCAUUACUCGACCUCCUAUGGGCAUUCCUAUCAAUGGAAAUCCGGCAUUUGGGUUACAAUGGGUUUCAACAACCGCAGCAGACAUACUCUGGACUGCAGAACCUGUGGGGAAUUGGAACCAAUCAGACAAAGAGUGGGAGGAGGAUACUUGGGAAUACUUGCUGACACAGGAUGACAAUCUGUUGGAAAGCCUUUGGGCAUUGCUACAGGACAUCAAGGAUCUCGGGGUAACUGAUAAAGUUGACCGCUUCAGGGCUGUUGACACCAAAAUCGACUUACUACUGGCAGUGCUGUUGAAUGAAUAG